UCUUCCCCUACCACUCCCACAUAUAUCUUUGUGUAUAUAAAUACAACUCUGAAUUCAGAAAUUUAUCAGUUUCAAAUAUAAAAAAGAAGUAUCUAAGCUACCAAGAAUUGAAGAAGAGAAAAUCUUUGGAUUUAAUAGCAAUUAUAAAGUGGCUAUGGCUGAUGAAUAUUUUCAAGCUGGAGUAUGUGGAGAAAACAGUUGGUGGAAUUCAACAAAAAAUAUUUUUGGUUUAUCACCUAAUUUUGCUUCUUCAAUUUUUGAUGAUCCUAUUGGAAACUUAAUUGCAUGGCCAAUUAGUGAUUUGUUGGACAUGAAAACAAAGGUUGAUCUUUCUUCACCAUCAUCAACACUUGAUUGGAAUCACACAGCCAAUGAUAAGUUGGACAACACUUAUCCUUCCAUGCUACAAGAAGACAUCAAUUCAAGCCUGAAUUACCAGCAAGAAAAUGGGUUGGAUUGUCCUAAUAAAUUGAAGAGGAACUUUUCCAGUAUAACUCAAGACUCUUCAACCAAUUCCAAACCAAUGAAUCAAGAUUUCACUUACUAUUCAGAUUUGCUUCAAACACUGUUUGAUACUGAUCCUGAUCAACCACCUCAACAAUCUUUUUUAACAAACAACCAGCCAAUCAAUUGUACAUCAAACAAAAGGCAAAAUUUAAAUGAUUUUGCACCUUCUUUGCCUAAUUCAAGUGAAAUCCGUGCAAGUCUUCCUCACAUAACCUCUAAGUCUAAUAUUGAAGAAAUCCGAGAGUCGACCUCAAGCUCAUACAAACGACCAAGAAUUGAGACACCAUCACCAUUGCCAACUUUUAAGGUCAGAAAAGAGAAAAUGGGAGACCGGAUAACUGCCCUCCAACAAUUGGUUUCACCUUUUGGAAAGACUGAUACAGCUUCAGUUCUCCAAGAAGCUAUUGAGUACAUCAAGUUUCUUCAUGAUCAAGUCAAUGUUUUAAGCAACCCAUAUAUGAAAAAGGAAUCAUCCACUCAAUAUCAACAGGUCAAGGAACAAGAAGGAUUAAAACAAGACUUAAGGAGCCAAGGACUGUGUUUAGUACCAAUAUCAAGUACAUUCCCAGUAACAGCUGAAACUACAAUGGAUUUUUGGACACCAACAUUUGGAGCAACAUUCAAAUAGAGACCAAUCAAAGAGGAGAAGCUCAAGAAAAUAUUGUAGAAAUUGAUGAUCAAGACACUGAUUUUAGCCAAUUUAAUAAUGUUGUGGAGAAGAUUAAGGAACCCACACUAUUGGUGUCUUGAGCUAUAAAGUUGGGAAAAAGCAAAUCAAGGAAAAAGUGAAAGAAAAAGAAGUGACCAUUUAAAGGAAGACAGCCAAAUGCUGGGCCAUCUAAAGGCAGAUCAAUGAUGUGGAGACUAAGGAAAUGAUUAAUUAGAGGAUAAUGUAAAGUUGUAAACAGAAUAAUAAUGUGGGUUAGGAAUAGGAAUAGGUGCUAUAUUUGGCUUAUGCUUUUUCUAGAUUAAUUAGCUUGUUAGAAAAUUAAAGUUUAUGACUUUUUCCUGUUUGUGUAUUUAUUUACAUAAUGAGCUAUUGCCAUCUUUUGUAUAAAAAUAUAAAAAUGCAAAUAUCAGCGGAAUUUG